UGCUGGCUGGCUUGCUCGUUUAGUGUGUUGGCAACAUCACAGACUGAUUUGGGAGUAAAGAGUAAACUUGGAUUUCGUAUAUGUAUUCCUGGGUAAUAGAUUGACGAUCUCAUCCUAUUUUGCAGUUCUGCAGACGAAAAUCUUAGAAUUUCGAAAGAGUAUUUAUUUGGAUAGAGUUGACAGCAACUUGGCUGCUGCUAGCUUACUUCUGCAGCGAAAUUAGCUGUGUCAUAUUUUACUCAACGUUAAUUUGCAGCCGUAGUAUAACACAGAUAUCCUUUCCUUCGUAAGUUUCUCGGCCAACAAUGGUGGAGGUGUUCAUAGGUCGGACUCUUGUAAACAAAGAGGGGGAUGUCGUCGACCCAGAAGUGGCACUGCGGAACAAGGUAGUGGGCAUUUACUUCUCCGGCGGAUGGUGUCCACCUUGUCGAGACUUCACGCCCAUCCUCUGUGAUUUCUACACGGAGCUGGUCGAGGAGGCUGACCCACCUGCCCAGUUCGAGAUAGUUUUCAUCUCAUCUGACAAGACUCCUGAAGAAAUGGUUGAGUAUUACCACGACAUGCAUGGAGACUGGCUUGCACUACCUUGGACAGAUCCCUACAAGCAUGAACUGAAGAAGAGGUACAACAUCACAGCGGUGCCAAAGCUGGUGAUCGUGAAGGAGAACGGGCAGAUGAUCACUGACAAAGGCCGUAAGCAGAUAAGAGAUCAGGGCCUGGCCUGCUUUCGGAAUUGGUUGGAGGUGGCCGAAGUGUUCCAGAACUUCAAGGGGUAGAGUGGACAUGACCAAUGGCAGUCAUUGGACAGUCAUUAUACAUGACAGUCAGUGUGUAUUGUACAGUCAUUGGACAUUGUACAGUCAUUUGAAAUGACCAAAGACUGUAUAAAGGUCAUUGAAGUUUUUUGAUAUCACACGUCAGGUGGUACAAGCCCAGUUAUUGCCUCUUGUAUUGAAUAAACUAAAUAAUUAGCGAUUGGUCAUUAAUGUACAAGUAGUGGAUAUAUGAGUUUUAGAUAAUCCAGUGAAAACAGAAAAGUUAUAAUAGAGGAAUUAGUUGUUGUACCAUCCUAACGUGUGCUACAAAAAAAAAAGUCAAUGACUGAUCUUGACUAUGGCCUAAUCUUGACUGUUGGAUGUGACGUGUUAUCCACCCUGGAAGAACAUGUAACUAAAAUAACAAAAACAAACUUCUAUUACACUGCUGCUCUCUCUAGGCUGACUGUUACACAAUUAUCUCUCAGGAGGCAUAGCAGUAGUUAUGGAUUCAUACAUGUACACUCAUGUAGGCCUCUAUGCAUUUGUUUCACUUUAACAUUUAAAGAAUGUUUCCAAAACAAACACUGUGCUGCUUUUGUACGAUUUUGUAUCUUGCUGAGUUUUUUUUUUUUAAUUAUAACUAUUUUAGUUAUUGUUUAAAUAUUUAACUAUUUCUACGGCAAUAAAACUUUUACUUUAAGUAUA